GACAUUUACCUGCCAAAUUUAAUGGAAUCUCAGCUGGAGGAGCAAGGGACUUCAGGGUGGAUUAUGUCGUAAUUAACAAAACGGUGGGAUUGGUACCAGUGGCGGUUCUCACAUGGAAGCCACCUACAUCAGACAUCCGGCACCUCAGAGGGUUUCUGCUGCGUGUGAGGAAGGUCAUUGGUCCAGCUGAAGAUACAACAAGGUUCUGUAGAAUAUUUGAUCUCUCAAGAAAUACAUUCCAGGGAGCAGACGACAACAUGGUGUUCCGUGAAAUAUUCUCCGGACUGGGGACCGGUUCUAGGUACCUGUAUCAAGCGGUCUUACAUUCACUCCCACGUGCACCGCGUCCUGCCAGUCUCUACUUCUCUCUACCGGAAGUACAAGCGAGAGAAGUGACGGCAGCGAACUGGACUCCGGUGAUAACAUGCAGAACCUCCCGAAAUCCUGGACUCCGAGGCUACAACCUGACAGUCACCUUCAGCCUGCCCCCAGCCCGGUUUCAGUUCGAGGAGUUUGACGUGUCUCUGUAUACCAUGACAAACCUACAUAACCCACAGAAGACGUGCAUACUGGACACGGAGAGACCAACCCCUUGCAACGAGAUUCGGAACCUGGCUAGCAACAAUGCAGCUCAAGGGUCAGUUAUCUUUGAUGACAUAACACAAGACCAUUACAUGAUUGAGAUCCAGGCGGUGGAUCCCUACUGGCAGUGGGACGACGAAGCUCUCUGCUUCACUGUUCAGCCCUCUGGCAGGCGACAGAGAAAGGAGUGCCUGAGGACACGACUCAAGGGAAUCUUUAUCGGUGAGGAUACAGAUGACUCAUCUCUCCGUGACGAUUCAGAAUCUAGACAGCGGACAACCCCAUCCUCCAUAAUUAAUAGUAAGUAGACACAGUUGUUUUUCAUGACCAUUGUCCUAUUACAAUAGAAAGUACCAAGAUUAUCUAAAAUCUGUGGUCGUCAACAAACUAUAAGCUGCGCAAUUUGUGACACUUACAAAAUGUGACACCUAUAGGGAGUUAUUGUACUGUUUUAGUAUGUGUAGAAGAUUAAUUGUUUACAUUGUAUGUCUGUCUUUCUUUGUUGCUUAACGCCGCACUCAGCAAUAUUCCAGCUAUAUAACGGCGGUCUGUAAAUCAUCAAUUGGGAUACGAUGACAUGCAUCAACCAAGUUAGAGAACCUGACCACCCGAUCC